AUGAAUAUUUUAAUUAAAUCAGAAUUAGAAAACGAUAAAAGAAGAUUUAGGCUAAAAGAAUGUAGUUUUUCUUGUUUAUGUUAUACAUUGGCAUCAAUAUAUUCAUUCUAUAAUGAUAUGAUAUAUUCAAUUUUUUAUUUAGAUAAUGAAAAUGAAUGGAUUACAUUGGCAUCCACUGAUGAUUUAAAAGAAUCAUACUCUUUAUGUCCCUCUUUAAUUAGAAUAAAAAUUAUAGUUUUAGAUUUAACGAUUAAUAACAAUAAUAACAAUAAUAACAAUAAUAAUAAUAACAGCUGUAAAUUACUUCUUAAUAACCAUAGUUCUAAUAGUAAUAACAUUUACAAUCAUAGUAAUUCCAGCAAUAGUAACAAUUACUCAACCAAUAAUAAUAAUAAUAAUAAUAAUAAUAAUAAUAAUAAUAAUAAUAAUAACAAUAAUAAUAAUAAUAACAAUACAACUAAUAAUAAUAACUAUCAUAAUAAUAUUAAUAAUAAUAGUAAUAGUAAUAAUAAAAUUAUUGAUAUUGCAAGUCAACUAUUAUCAAAUGAUUCAAUUAGAUCUCAAAUGAAUAAUUUAUUAUCAGGUACAUUGGCAUCAUUUUUACCAGAGAUAUUAGAAAAGACAAUACCCCAUACUAUUCCUAUUUUAGUUGCAACCAUAUCAUCAAUGAAAGCGGAAGCGGAACAAAAUAAUUAUGAUGAACCAACAUUUUAUAAUAACAAAGAUAAACAUUAUAAAUCUACUGAUGAAUCACAACACAUCAAUAUUAAAUCUGCUGGAAAUAAUAUACCAACUUCCAAAUCCUCUGUUGAAUUAAGUGUAAAUAAAAAAAGUGUUGCUUCAAAUAAUAAUAAUAAUAAUAAUGUUAAUAAUAGUAGUAACACAUCUAAUAAUAAUAUUAUUAUUAAUAAUAAUAAUGUAUCAAAACCACAACCAAUUCAAAAUGUAAUGUCACAAUCAUCACCUAAUCUUACAUUUACAACUAAUAAUAAUAAUACAACAUGUAGCAAUAUUAAUAGUAGUACAGGUAGUAUGGAGCCAAUGGAAAUUAAUCCAACAACACAACCAUAUUCAAUUAUUUCAUCGACACCAGCAUCAACAUCAUUACCACCAUUAUCAGCAACAACUAGUUUUUUACCAACGAGUAGUACAACAAGUAAUAACAAUGCAGGUACAAGUAAUGGUUUUACAAGUAUAACAAACUCGAAUAAUAAUAAUAAUAAUAGUAAUAAUAAUAAUAAUAAUAAUAAUAACUCAUCGAUAUUGUCUCAAAGUGUACCAUCUGUAAAUUUAAUAAAUAAAAAACCAUCAUCACCUUCACCAAUUUUAUCAUUAUUUAGUAAAUCUUCAAUUACUCCAAUUCAAACCUCUUCAAUAAGUUUACCAUCACCUGGUAUUUCACCAUUUUCGAAUCCAUUGGAUGGCAGUAGUUUAAUUAAUCCUGAAACAACUCCUUCUCAAUCAUCUUCAUCUUUCUUUAGACCUGUAUCUCCAACUUCAAUUUCUUCAUUAGAAAAUAAUAAUACAAAUUCGAAUACAACAGUAAAUAAUAAUAACAAUAAUAAUGAUACAUCACCAUUAAAAAGAAAAUUAUCAAGAUUUUCAUUCUUUUCAUCGAUUCUUGGUAAUAAAAACAAUAAUACUUCAACAAAUACUACCAAAAUGGAUUCACCAGAAAUAUCAUCCACUAUUUCUGAUAUUUCAACAGUUGAUUGUUCUACAACUUCUUCCUCUACAAAUCAACCAAAUACAAGUGUAAUAAAGUUGGAUAUUGAACAAGAAAAAGAUGAUCAAGAGAAACAAGUAGAUGAUUUACAAUUUGGUUUAAUCAUUGAACCAAUGCCAUUAAAUGUAAUGGAAGAUUUAAACAAUACUAUUACAAAUGAUGAUAAUAAUAAUAAUAAUAAUAAUAAUAAUAAUAAUAAUAAUAAUAAUAAUAAUAUUAAUGAUGAUGAUGUUGGUGAUUCAUUGGUAAAUGAUAUCAAUAAUCAAAAUGAUGAAAAAAACAAAAAUGAUAUUGGUAGUGGUUCAAUAGUGAUCGUUGAAGAUUGUAUCAGUACACAAAAUAAUAAUGAUAAUAAUAAUAAUAAUAAUAAUAAAAAUAAUAUUAUUAGUAGUAAUUCUUUAACAGUGGAUGAAAAUGAUGAUAGUGGUCGUAGUAGUGCAAGUAUGGACUAUAAUGAGACAAGUUUAAACAAUAAUGCAAAUACCACAAAAACAACUACCAAUCAUUUAAUCAUUAAUAAUGGAUUAGAAUUAUUAUCCUGUGAUGAUGAUGAUGAGGAUGAUGAAAUUACAAAAGAGAUUGAAUCAGUAUUUUUAAAACAACAACAACAAAAACUUCAACAACAACAACAACAACAACAACAACAACAACAACAACAACAACAACAACAACAACAACAACAACAACAACAACAACAACAACAACAACAACAACAACAACAACAACAACAACAACAACAACAACAACAACAACAAUAA